GUCAAACCCACCUUGAUUCGAUAUAUCGAUAUCGUCCAACAUCCAUAUACCGUAGCUAUGGCAGUACAAGCAACAAUAGGUGUAUGACUAGUGAUUAUAUUUAACUGGAAUAUUGAAUAUUGUGUUUUUGGUGUCUUCAGAACAAUAAGUCUGUAGAAACAAACAGGGUGUUAACUCAAUAACAAGCCCUUUUCAAAAACAAAAAAGCAAUGGCUAGGGCAUUAGUUAAUAAUUACUAUACACAGUCUGCUUAUGCUGAUGUUUUAAGAGCUAAUUCAGCAGCCUUUUUUUAUAAACUAGACGAAAUGGAGUUUCAUGUGAAAAAAGCCUCACAUGCUUAUCUACAGGAUAAUGAAAAAUACAUACUCUGCCUAGAAACACCAGAAACCACUCUGAUGUCUGUUUUACUAGCACACUCAUUGAGAAAAUUGAACAAAGACAACUUGUUGGAUCUAGUAUUUACUGAUUUUCAUAAUUUCAUUAGAACCAAUACGCAACAGAAUGAAAACUCUCCGAACUUCCCUGAUAUAUUGGUAUGUAAAGUGGAUGUAAACGAGCAACUAAAUCAAUGUUCUGAAUUAUUAACAUCAUGGGCAAGGCUCGUCAAGAAUGAAUCUAAAAAAAUAAUUUUUAUAAUAAAAGAUUCCAAGUAUUUAGAGCAAACCAUGAUAGACGCUAGAAUGGUGUACGUUUUGAAGUUGAAAUUCACUGAAUUGUGGGAAGAAAAUAAGACUUCAAAUAAUGAAGAAAAUAAAGUUGGGAAUAAUCAAGAAAAUUUGAACAUAAAAACAAUGAAUGAUGUAUUGAAUAAUGCAGUUUCAAAUGCUGGAGAUGAGGCAAUUAAAGCAAAAGAAGAAACUAAUGAGAAAUCAGCUUUGCCCACUGAAGCAGAAAUCCAGGAACUUACCGCAAUUUUAAAAUUACAUGGCAUUGAAUCCGUAAAUGCAGUGGAUAAGCAAGGCCAGAACAACACUCCAUUGCAUUUGGCAGCCAAAAAUGGACAAAACAAAAUCGUCAAAGUUCUGCUACUUUGUGAUGCCGGCAUGGAAUUAAAAAAUUAUGAGGGUCAUACACCUCUUUAUUUAGCAGCUGAAGGGGGUCAUCACAAAGUAGUUAGCACUUUGCUUGAAAAUGGUGCUAAUCCCAAUGCAUUAAAUGCAAUAACUGCUAGAAUUAGCAAUAAAGAAACUCCACUCCAUAUGGCAUGCUACAACAAUGAUGUCCGCUCAGUUGAGCUUCUUUUGAAAUUUGGUACCAGCAUUGACACAAAAGAUAAGGAUGGUUAUACACCUCUUCAUUUAGCAAUUGAACAGGAACAUUACGAAGUAGUUAGCAUUUUGCUGGAGAACAAUGCUAAUAUAAAUAGAAUUACCACAGCUGGUCAAAUUCCACUCGAAAUAGCAUCUAGUAAGAAUAAUGUCCGUUUGAUGGAACUACUUUUGAAAUUUGGUGCAGAAAUUGAAACAAAAACUCUAGAUGGUAAUACACUUCUUCAUUUGGCAACUCAAAAGAGUCAUCACGAAAUAGUUAACACUUUGCUGGAAAACAAUGCUAAUAUAAAUGCAAUCAACAAAGUUGGUCAAACUCCACUCCAAAUUGCAUUUUCUAAAAAUGAUGUCCGCUUGAUUAAACUAUUUUUGAAAUUUGGUGCUGAAAUAGAAACAAAUACUGUAGAUGGUAAUGGUAAUACACUUCUUCAUUUGGCAACUCAAAAGAGUCAUCACGAAACAGUUAACACUUUGCUGGAAAACAAUGCUAAUAUAAAUGUAAUCAACAAAGUUGGUCAAACUCCACUCCAAAUUGCAUUUUCUAAGAAUGAUGUCCGCUUGAUUGAACUAUUUUUGAAAUUCGGUGCUGAAAUUGAAACAAAAACUGUAGAUGGUAAUACACUUCUUCAUUUGGCAACUCAAAAGGGCGAUCACAGUGUAGUUGGCACUUUGCUGGAAAACAAUGCCAAUAUAAAUGCAAUUAACAAUGCUGGUCAAACACCAAUCCAUAUGGCAUCUUGUAAAAAUGAUGUCCAGUUGAUUGAACUUCUUUUGAAGUUUGGUGCCAACAUUGAAACAAAGCAAGCUGGAAAUGGUAUGACACCUCUGCAUAUAGCAUCUUCCUCUGGCCAUAACUCGGUAGUAACCACAUUGUUGGAACACGGAAGCAAUAUAAAUGCUCAGGACAAUAAUGGACACACGCCAUUGCACCACGCUAUACAAAUCAAUAGUCAACAAGUUGUUACCAAUCUUUUACAAAAUGGCGUCGACCCCAAUCUACAAAAUAAUUCAAAACAAACUGCUGUUGAUUAUGCUAGAUAUUUUGGUCGAAGCACUUUAAUUCACUUAAUUGAAAAAUAUGAUGGUUGGAAUUAACAAUUUUUGAAUAAAUAAAUUUAGUUCUAUAUUUUUUGUUUUAUUUAUACAAGGGGGGUUUUCCGAUGGGUUGAGGUGCAAAAUGCGUUAAAGCUUACCAAUGCACGGCCCUUUUUUUUUCUCAGUGAUAAAAAUAGGUCUACUAAUGAGAAGUAUACUGAAGUUACGUGAAAAAAUAGUCCGGCUAAUCUGUGAGUAUGGAUAAUAUGUCUAGCAAGUGAAAAAUUGAAGACCCGAAAAUUUUCAGCCAGACUCACUUCCACUAUCUGAUAUAAGCCAAAUUGUUAUUUUCAUAUACUUUAUGUUCUAUUGUAGUAAAUGUAAAAUAUUUAUGUCUAGGAAAAUUAACGUACUUGAACUUUUCAUUGAUC